GCUCCAUUGAACUGCGUGUAAUGACUCCUUCCGCGGAAUGAUAUUAAUUCUUUUUGCUGUUAGAAUUCGAUGAAACCUUCUAAAAUGUAAAACAACAUCUAUGGUUACACAAUUUUUGCUGACAUGAAUAAUAGUAUUUGGAUUAGACAUAUUUUUACUUUUUUCUUUUGUUUUCUUUGAUUAAAAAAAAAACUAUUUUAUUUGCGUAAGUACAUUUUCUUAAACUACAUUGUGCUUCGGCGCGCCAAGUGUUCCAUUGAAUCGCGUACUGUUUGAAAAUAUUGACUGUAUUUUUCCUUGUAAAAGUUAAUUUGUCUCGCCAGAUGCCCCUUUCAACGUGUGCAAGUUGCGGGGGAAGUCACAGGUGUCCCGAAUUGGACUGUGCCAGUGCAGUUAGAAUGGAAAAUACAGCUCAACUUGUGGCAGUCUGUCCUCCGGGAUCAGAGAAUAUUUAUCAGUAUUUGAGAAGACAGAUGCCUCUUACAACAGAAGGCAAUACUACGAUGGUAGUGGAGCUUCCUGACUUAGAACCGCCUCUAUCUGCCUGCAACCAUUCCAAAGGACAGAGCAAGAACCAACAUGCUGUCAUUGAUAGUUUCCGUCAGAAAUGUAGUGUGCUAAAUCGAGAUGAACUUGCUGCAGCACUCAUGGUUCCAAGUAAAGAGAUGUUUGGUUCAUCCUUACAAGACGUUGUGACAUGUGUCGGGUGCAGAAGAAGCAUGGAGGAGAUGUUCACAAGGUUACGAGACAAGAAACAUGUGCAUGUAUUAGAGCCCCUGGUCAUUACUCCAAACUCGGAGCUUUCUGUAACCUCUUGUACGCUCUACGACUUUCGUAUGCUGCAUAACAUUCUCUACGUACAAAGGGAUAGACAGAAACAACUUUUGGAAAGUUUGCAGAAAAAUAAGAAGCGUAGAUGUCCACUUCACUCUCUAGACAAUCAUAAAAUAAAACAAAUAUCAGUAUGGAUAGAUGUGUGGGAGGUGAUGAAGAAACCAUGUAGAGAAGAAGUAACCAUACUAUCAGAAAAAGGGCUUCUACAAACAACAGAGAGUUACCUACAAAAACAUAGGUUCUGCACAGACUGCAAAGCAAAGGUAAUGACAGCUUUCAACAUUCUAUUUGGAGAUGUGAAACCGUGUUCAGAGAAGGGUUACAAUCCAGCAGUGUAUGAAGGAUUGAGAUUGUGUCGGGAGGAGAGACAUAUCCAUCUAUCAACAGAUACAGACUUUGUUGCUAGGCUCAUCAGCAGGGCUGAACCAGACCUACAUGGAGUACGGCGUGAGCGGCAUGCAAAGACCAUUGAUAUCGCCCAGGAGGAGGUGUUAACUUGUCUUGGUCUUCAUCUUUUUGAGAAGCUCCAGAAGAUUCAUCAAAAGCUGAAAGCAGAGGAGCGAACCUGGGACCUACUCCUCACCUUCGGCAAAAUCAAGUUGCGAAAAUCUUUUGAGAUGGCUUUAGAAUCCAAGGAAGGCAUGUCUAGAUUAGAGCUGGUAUGUGAAGAAAUCACAGAGGCUGACAGAGCCAAGAGGGAGAAGAAAGAACAGAAGAAACUCAAGAAGAAAGCUCGUAAGAAAAACAAAAGCAACGCUUCACCUGAAACGGAGAAGAACUUGGGUCAAAGGUCACAGGUCAUGAAGGAAGUGGAAGUUUCUAUCAUUCCUCAGGAAAGAUCAUGCGAGUGUGAUCCUGCCAAUGAUUUGAAUGAUAACACAGCCAACCUAGAAUGCAGUACAUGUUCCCUAAGCCAAGGGGAUGCCGUCCAUCAUCUAUCUACCUAUCGUACAGACAAUGUAGACUAUUCCAGUGGUGUGGAGUGUGGAGAAGACUGUGGCCAGAGCUCUAGAGACAGUUCAGAUAUUGCUUGUUCUGAAGGCAUGUGUAAUCAUUGUGAUGAUGAUAUCAUGCAAGGUGAAGAUGUAGACCAAUGUAAUGGUGACGAUGAGAUCUGUGCAGACUGUGAUGUCAACCAAGGCAAUGGUGAUGCUACUGUGGUCAAUGGACGGUUCAAAUGCAAUGGUGGUCAACCAUUACCAACAACACAUUGUUCUCAUUCAGAGAUUCAAGAGGACAGGGGAGAGAAUUCCCAAAUACAGAAAAUAUGUCAGUGCGCUAAUGAAGACCAACUUAGAAGGGCAGUAGGUUGGACGAUGCGGUUACAGGACAUGCUGAUAGAGCCUGAGUCUGUGUUGGCUGAGGAGGAGAUACUCAUUUCCCAGGAGGAGAUCCGAGACUUCCGUGCCAAUCACAAAUCUGUUCACCGGCAGCGCCAGCAGCUACGGGCCAAACUCCAACAGCGCUUUAACCGACGCUUCCAGGGGCGGGAACCCUUGUGUGCUACAGACUAUCGGCUGGGUCAGCUAACUAUCGCUGUUGAUUAAUUAUCAAGUUUUUAAGAUUAGGAUAGGGCUCUUGAAACACAAAUUUCAUCUACUCAUGUGCAAAUGUAAUUCCAAAUUUAGCAUAGACUAUUUAUUAAGUACUGGUAAAAGGCAUAAAAGAAUUUCAUACAUGGGGGAUUUUAUGGUCUUUUCUCUUUUUAAUGAUAUAAUAUAAAUAUUAUCAAUCAUGAAUUUAAUUUUUGGAAGCCACAAGACCGACACAAAGCAUGCAUGGUGUCCUUAUGUUGCCAACACACAGCUUUACAAAUUACUCAUAAAACAAAUAAAAUAUUAUUAGAAAGUAUCUGAUUGCCCUAGUUCAAAGUGGCAAAUGAAUAAAUUUCAUUGAAAAUAUUUUUCAGUUAGUAAAACAAAUGAAUUAUAUCCUGACUUGAGCCUGAAAUAUCCUUCAGUAUUUGCACCUCUUCUCAAUUCCAAGUCAUUUUGAAAUUUAACAUAAGAAAAGCCUUAUGUAACACACUAUUGCAGGUUGUGUCUUUCAAACCAAGUUUGUGUGUAAUAUGAAUGAUCAUGUAAUGACUACUUACAGUCUGAUUCAUAGAAAACUAUGAAAAAAAAUAGUUCAAGAAAACCAACAUUGUUACAUUCCAUUGUGAUCAGGAUAUAAGGAGGACAAGAGUUGAAGAGCAAGAGGCACUGUACUUACUGAAUAACGUGAGAAAUAAACUUUCCAUGGAUAAACUUGCUUCCAUUUUAAAUUUAAACGGGGUCGGUAAAGUGAAAGAUAAUGUAGUUAUGGAAAUGAAAUGAAUGGUUGUAAAGAGCAAUGCAUUAAAUUUAUAACAGAUAUUUAUGAAGAGUAUGACUUUUUGCAGUGAAAGAAGUGUGUAUUUCUUACAGGCAAGUAAAUUUUCUGUCUUUUAAUGUGUUCCUCUAUUAUUUUUCUUAUUUUAUAUCUACUAUUCUGUUUCCUCUAUCUCUGUCUCCUCCCCCUUUUCCUCUCUCUCUCUCUCUCUUUUUCUCCUCCCCCUCUCUCUCUUUCUCUAACCUCCUCCCCCUUGCCUUCUCAUCACCUUAUUAUGUCUCUCUUACUCCAUGUGCAAUGAAAAAAAAAAGAAUGAAAAGAAGAAACCUCUCUUGAACUAUAAAAGCAGUGCAGGAUUCUGUAGAAAGAUUAAAGAAAAGCUAAAGCAUGUAAAACAAAUCAAUACAGUGUUAUAAGGUUGAAAUGCAUUCCAGUCUGCAUCAUGUGUCUAAGUUGCAAACAUAGCCAGCUGAACUUAAGAACAGUCUGUUUUGUCCAUGUUAGGGAACUUGAAGAAAAGGGCUAACAAGAGACAAAAGAUUGGUAAAGAAAAGAUGACAUUUUAAUUGUAUUGCAGGAGACCAUGGUCCUUUGUGUAACCCACAUAAAGACCAAAAUAUUUUUUAAGGAGAAUGAAACCCCUGAAACCACUUGAAUUUAUAUAACAGAAUGAAGAAAGUUUGAGGAAGAUUGAAUGAAUAGUAAGAAAGUUGAGAGCAUUUGAAUUCAUUAGAAUCAAAUUUACCUAAAUGUGAUGACGUCAUAAAAUGCAAAACUGUAUUUUCAAAAUCAGAUUUUGAUGCCAUCAUGAUGUUAUUGAAAAAAAAAAAUUGGGGCCCCCAUUUUUCUGAUGAGCUAUGUAAUGAAUUUUAUAUAGGCAUAUUUUGGCCUAUAUAUGACCUAUUAUUAGAGCUCACAUGCAUGCUUUAUGGAUGCACAUUUCCUAUAAUUGAUCAUAAAAAAGCUGAAUGUGGUAUCAAAUUGCUCAGAAUGUAAUGGACAGAUUCAUGCUGCAUAAUGAUAUCAUGGGCAAAGACACGUGUACACAUAUGCCAAUGACCUUGAAAAGAUUGGCAGGACAUGUCCACUAUGACAUGAAGUGAAAAUCAAGGAAAUUGCCACGCCCAAUUACAAGAUAUUGUAGGAACAAAAUUUAUAUAUUAAAGUAAACAAUAAAGAAAGAUGAUCUAUCAUAUAUAUGACAGACCACCUACAUAGUGCCCGUUUUAUAAUCGAAUGUUCAUUUUCUAAAUCUUAACAAUACAGAUCAUAAUUCUAUAUUUCAUAUUAUAAAUAUCAAUUAGCUUGUAGGGGAAGUUACUGAAAGUGCCUCUGGGACAGUUGGGUUUUUUUAAUGAAAUGCAACUAGCCUGUGAUCAAACUCAUUAGGAAUCAUCUCAAUAAAGUCAAAAUUAGAGUUGAAUUAAUCUGAUUUUGCCUGAUAUAGGACUAAGGAUAUGAA